GUAGUAGUAAGAGAGAAACAGCAUGCCCAAAAGCAAAAGCUGUGUGUGUUGGAAACUGAGUAUACGCCUGGGUACACAUUUUCCACAAUGCAUAGUGAUUCAAACAUGUUUAUGCCUGUAGCAGCUACAGCUAUAAAUACACAGCACAAAACCAACAUCUUGUUCAUCAAAAAUCAAAACCAAAAAAGAUCAUUCAACAGCCAUAACCUUGCUAGUGCUAGUAAAGCAGUAAGACCAAAAUGAGUGUUGAAGUUUUGGACAGUGGCACCAUCAUCAACUUUGUCGAAGACGAAGAAGCAUUCAGUGUCUCAAUACGACAUCAUUUUUCCUGCCUUGAUACGGACCAAGAUGGUCUUCUUUCCUACGCAGAAAUGCUGAAGGAGCUGCAGAGUUUGAGGGUUUUCGAGACUCACUUUGGUAUAGAUGCGAAGACGGAGCCGGAGGAGCUUGCUCGGGUUUAUGAUUCUCUGUUCUUGCAGUUUGAUCAUGACUUGAAUGGGACAGUGGAUCUGCAAGAGUUCAUGACGGAGACUAAGAGGAUGCUGCUUGCUAUGGCUAAUGGAAUAGGUCUCUUGCCGAUUCAGAUGGUCCUGGAAAAAGAUAGCCUCCUGAAGAAAGCUGUGGAGAAGGAGUCUGCAACUUUUGUAGCUGCGUAAUUUAAUUGGCCAACUUCUUAUACAUUCAUUCUGCUAUGCAUUUGUUACAGCAAACCUUAAUUUUCUUUUCCUCUUUUUUCUAUGCUUUCCAGUUCUUUCUCGUUUCUGAACUUCCCCUAGUGUAUGCCAAGAUUGGAUCAUUUACAAUGAAAAUAAAUGAGUUUUCUAUUUGUUAUUAGUAA